UCGACAGCGCUGUCCAACGUUUGGCGCUCAAUGCGACAGCGCCAGGUCUCCUCAUCCUUGUCGCACGACCAGGGCUCCUCCCAGAGCCCUUCCCACGCCCGCCGAUACGCGGAAACGAGCGACGUUCACUUUGUCUCCAUCCCGCCUGGCACGGCUCCUGGAGAGUGGUUUCGCGUGCUCUUGCCAGGGUACGAGCCGCCCCGCUGGCUCGACAUGCAGAUGCAGGAGGGUUACAGCGAAGAGGCGAGGCUCGAGGUGACCGUGCCCAAGCUGGGUCCGUCGGUCUACGCCACGCGCGCCCGCCGCGCCCUGCCGGCGCGCGUGUUCCGAACGUGCCUCACGCCGACAUUUGCCGUGGCCUUCAUCUGGUCGCUCGUCCUUGCGAACUGGGCCGUCGUCGUCUGCAACUACGCCUGCCGUUCCUUCCGCCCCGAUGUGGAGGGAUCUCCUGGCCAGCUCUCCCUCGGCAUCGUCCUGCUCGGCCACGCCAUCCUGCUGCUGCAGAUCGUCUCGUUUUGGCAGCUGCAGGCGACGCACCCGGGAGCUCCGCCGCUCGUCUUUGGUGGCGGGCCGGGCUGCUCGCGCGUGUGUGCCCGCUCUGGGCUCCAGCAGCCCGAGCGGGCGAUGUGGGUGAGCUCUGCGGGCGAGAUGGUGCUCGGAGUCGAUCACUACUGCUUCUGGGUCGGCUCGCCGGUGGGACUGCGCAACCGCAAGUACUUCAUCCUCUUCCUCGGCUACUCGGCCCUCCUCUGCCUGUACGGCGCGUUCGCCCUCGGCCAUGAGGUCUUCAACGGGCUGUCCGCGCGCGGCAACGCCUUCCUCGACGGGCUCGAGAAGCGGGGCAUGCCAUCCCUGCUCGCGGCGGCGGCGGACGACGACGAGAGGAGCGCACUGCGCAUCGCCCAGUUCUUCGCCACCAUGUCGUUGCACGCGCCAGAGUCACACCAGCUCGGAUCGGCUCUGGUUCCGUCCUUCUCCGGCCCCUUCCUCGUCUCGCUCGUCCUCGCAGCGUCGACCGCAGAGCGGCUCCACGCGGCGGCCGCCGUGACCUGCUUCCUGCUCGACGUGCCCGUCGGCUGCCUCCUCUUCAUGUUUUGGUCGUGGCACUCCUUGCUCGCGCUCCGCAACCGGACGACCCUCGACACAAAGUCGAGCAGGUAUGACGUCGGGCCGCGCCGCAACCUCGAGCAGGUCUUCGGGCGGAGGCUGCUGCUCUGGCCGAUCCCGAUCAGAGGGGACGGGCCGAGCGUCGACGGGCUGCAUUGGCCGCUCAACCCAGCCUGCAAGGACGAGGACGUGGCGCCGUGACGGCGGAGCAGUUGCGGCACAGAGACGAGAUUAGAGUCGAGCUGCGUCGCGUGUGUAGAUUCAAGUGUGUCGGAGCGAGACCCGUGUGUCAAAAGUGACUCGUUGUUUU